CCUACUUGCUCUCCUACUUCAGUGCCCUGAGGUUGUGAUCUGUCGGCUGCCCGCGGCCAAGCUGGCGUCCAGGACCCUGCAGAGCCUCAGAGACCUUGGACGCGUGCAGGGAAACCUGACAUGUGGCUUUAGAACUUGGAGAGGGUGCGUCUUUGCUGGACACCCCCACUAGAACUUGGAGAGGGUGCAUCUUUGCUGGACACCCCCACUAGAACUUGGAGAGGGUGCAUCUUUGCUGGACACCCCCACUCGGGUGUAUCUUUGCUGGACACCCCCACUAGAACUUGGAGAGGGUGCAUCUCUGCCGGACACCCCCACUAGGGUGCAUCUUUGCUGGACACCCCCACUAGGACACCCCCCACUAGAACUUGGAGAGGGUGCAUCUCUGCUGGACACCCCCACUAGGGUGCAUCUUUACUGGACACCCCCACUAGGACACCCCCCACUAGAACUUGGAGAGGGUGCGUCUUUACUGGACACCCCCCACUAGGGUGCAUCCUUGCUGGACACCCCCACUAGAACUUGGAGAGGGUGCAUCUUUACUGGACACCCCCACUAGAACUUGGAGAGGGUGCAUCUUUACUGGACACCCCCACUAGGGUGCAUCUUUGCUGGACACCCCCACUAGGGUGCAUCUUUGCUGGACACCCCCACUAGGGUGCGUCUUUACUGGACACCCCCACUAGGGUGCGUCUUUGCUGGACACCUUGGAUUGUUCUCCCCCUAAAGUCUUCCCUGACAAUGGAGCCUCUGCUAAAUGGGGCUACGUCUGGGGAAGAAUCUCAGCUCGCUGAGGAAGAAGAGGAGGUGGACCCAAGAAUUCAAGGAGAACUGGAGAAGUUGAACCAGUCCACAGAUGACAUCAACCGCUUGGAGACAGAACUGGAGGAAUUUCGUCAGCGGUUCCGUGCGGUUCUGGUGGAAGCAACGGUCAAGCUAGACGAGCAGGUGAAGAAAAUCGGCCGUGCUGUGGAUGACUCCAAACCAUACUGGGAAGCACGCAAAGUGACCAGACAGGCCCAGCUUGAAGCCCAGAAGGCCACCCAGGAGUUCCAGCGUGCGGUGGAGAUCCUGCGGGCCGCCAAGGAGACCAUCGCCCUGGCCGAGGAGAGACUGCUGGAGGAGGACAGUCGCCACUUUGACUCGGCCUGGCAGGAAAUGCUCAACCACGCCACUCAGAGGGUGAUGGAGGCGGAGCAGAGCAGAGUCCACAGCGAGGCGGAGCACAAGAAGACGGCGGUGAAGCACGACAUGUGUGUCAGUCACAUGAAGCAAGUGGAGAAGAAAGUCAAACGCUCCAUCAGCAAAUCCAAGCCAUAUUUUGAACUGAAGGCCAAGUAUUAUCUCCAGCUCCAGGAACUGAAGCGUCACGUAGACGAACGUCAGGCCAAGCUGGGAGCAGCAAAGGCCGAGUAUCGUGCGGCCCUACGCAGCCUGGAGAGCAUCUCCGAGGAGAUCCACGCCCAGCGCCGCUCCGUGGCCAUGGGCACCCGAGAGCGAGGCGUGGGCUCAGAGGGCGACGGCGAGGACGUGGACAGCUUUAAGAUGGAUUCUGACGGCCUGUCGAUGGUGUCGCUGUCAAUGGAUGACACUCACAGUAGCGGCUCAGAGGAGGACGCCGCCACCACGCCCUCCCUCUCCUCCUCGUCUGGUGCUGGCGCCCUGGAGGAGUUACCCAGCCCGUGUGGCGCUCACGGCCCAGACUCACUGUGUGCUGGUGGGCAUGGCUCGCCACUCCUGGGCCCUCGGAGCCAAUGCAGCGGGGCGUCCUCUCCAGACUGCGACCAGGAGAGAGGGGAGCGAGCAGAGGCGACGUCAGAGCUUCACUCGACUGUCGCACCAACACAGAAAGCAAUAAACUCUCCUCCGCGACCGCCGUUCUGCUGCCAAACUGCGUUUGACCACAGCAAAUCCUUGCCAUGACCAUCAGCCUGGCAUCGUGAUGACGUCAGUGGCUAGGACUUCAUCCACCUCCUCUUCUUGCGCGCCACCCUGUGGUUUUGUGUUGUACUGCAGGUAAAAAUGUUACAGGAAGGGAACAUCAUGGGAGUUACACACAUUUAUUGUGAUUAGAAAACAUGUUUUUAAUGACAUUGUAGUGCGAGAGCAAAUGUUUUUUUAAUGCUCGUAUAUCAUUAUAUAGUGCAGCUAUGCUAUAUUUAUAUUCUUGUAUGUGUUUAACACAGAAUAAGCAAUAAACUUGUGUUUCAUGUCACAUUUUCACUGCUCUAAAAGUUUCUAUGAAUUCAACUAAUGCAUGCAUACUUGAAUGGACAUUGUUCCAUUGUCGUCCAUACUAACUUCUUUUAUUUACCAGCUGUUAUAGUGUCAUUUGCUUUUGCAAUCUCGCCACUCCAACACGGCAAAUCAAACCUUUGCAUCGUCUCAAAUGUGCAAAUCAAACCUUUGCAUUGUCUCAAAUGUGCAAAUCAAACCUUUGCAUUGUCUCAAAUGUGCAAAUCAAACCUUUGCAUUGUCUCAAAUGUGCAAAUCAAACCUUUGCAUUGUCUCAAAUGUGCAAAUCAAACCUUUGCAUUGUCUCAAAUGUGCAAAUCAAACCUUUGCAUUGUCUCAAAUGUGCUGCUUGCAGAAUUAGGAGCUGCCUUCAUUGUUGACGUCACAGUAUUGUCAACACUGGCAUCGAGCUGGAGGUUUUAAAUGUGACAGAAUGUCCGAAUAGAUCAUCUUGAAUAAACUACUCUGCUGAUUGAAAGACACACAUCUAUGUUAAGUAAUCGAGACAAAAAGUAUCGUUUUACAUGGAAAAAAACCCUCACGAUUGGGCAAAUUGUAUGCCCGGAAGUGGGUGAUCACAUGAUGCGUAGU